GGGGUACUGCUUGCACACACAGCCGGCCACCUAAGAAGCAAUGGGCGGGGAGAAGUCGCAUUCGGGCGAUCAGCUCGGACACCAGGGGGCAGCAGAGGCCCAGCAGAGGCCCCCUCAGCCCUGCCCAGUCCGGGGGGGAGAGAGAUGGGGAACAGAAACCUUCCCCACCCCAGCACUGCACACACCGGGCCUCUCAACUCGGGCCUGGGAAGUGAAGGCCCGUCGGGGUCCCUUGUCCCCCCACGCCCCCGCCCAGCGCCUGCCCCAGCAGUUCAUCCACGCGAGGGUGACUCAACCCGGGCGCGCCGUGGGUCCGCGGCUGAGCGCUGGCACGUCGGCGCGCGAGUCUGCACGCACGCCCGGGUGGCCGCGCGCGCGCGCGUGCGGGGGGCCGGGGAGAAGUCGUGCUGCUGUGUUUAUUUCUGGGUGUGUCUCCGCGUUGGCCCCGGAAACUGAUAGGAACUCUGCCAAGGCAGCGCGGCAGCAACGCCGACUGCGUGGGACUUGUCCCCCCCACCCCACCCACCCACCCACCCCCGGCGAGCUGGCGGGCAGCAGCCGCGCGGGCCCGUCCCGCCUCGCACCCGCGUCGGCCGCGGUGCGCAGGGGCGGGGAGGGCUUGGGUCCUCGGGACUUUCUGGAGCCUUCCAGAACUCGCAGCUUCAGGGGCCCCCUCCCCCACCCCCCUCGGGACGGCGGUCACGCGACCUCUAAGGCGUUCCCCGGCGCGGAGGGGGGGGAGCCUGGGCGUCCUCCAGCGGCCCCGCCGCUUCCCAGGGCUCCGCUGGGGGGAGUGCAGCACCCACGGGGGGAGUCGCUUUUCCAGGGGCCCCGGGGCGCCCUUCCAGCGCCCAGACCCCGGGCCCCGCUGAAAGUUUGACUACGAGAGACGCAGUUUGGGGCGACAUGUGUCUGCUCGGAUGCUAGGUGACUUCGCGCAGAAAAGUCGUCGGUUGCUCGCCGAGCAGGAGACAGAAGCGAGCCUCGACCUCCCCUCCAGCCCGGCCCGCAGGGACCCCACCCCGCCAGGCCCAAGCUGGGCUUCUCACCCCCGCCUCCCUCCCCCCCAGGCAAGAGGCACACGCAGCUCGCCCCACUUUCUUCCUCUUCCUCCUCCAGCCCACUUUCUCUUCUCUGUGUCGUCAGAGCUCCAGGGAGGGACCUGGGUCGACGGAGAAGCCGGAAACAGCGGGCUGGGGCAGCCACUGCGGGCUCCUGGAGGGAGGACGGGAGGGGACGCUGGGUGUGUGUGUGUGUGUGUGUGUGUCCCCGUCUGUCCGUCUGUCCUGCGCCUACGUCGUGUUCGGUGGCGGCGGCCCGGAGGGUCGCGAGCAGGCCCGCCCUGAACCCGCCGGACGGAGCAGCAGCCCCAUGGGGCCGGGCAGUGCCCGCUGCUGAGAGCGAGAAGACGCUACCGGGUUGCCAGCGCUGACUCCUGGCUCUGUGCCCAGGGAUCACUCCCGGUACCCUCCAAGGCCAUGUCUCUGUGGGAUCUGGUGUCCAAGGUGCCCCCUGAAAAGUUGCAGCGGCUCUAUGUCGACUUUCCGCAGCACAUGCGACAUCUCCUGGGUGACUGGCUGGAGAACCAGCCCUGGGAGUUCCUGGUCGGCUCUGACAGCUUCUGCUACAACAUGGCCAGCGCUCUGCUUUCAGCCACUGUCCAGCACCUUCAGACUUCGGCCGGAGAGCAGGGGGAGGGCACUGCCCUCUUGCAGUACAUCAGCACCCUGGAGAGCAUAUAUCAGAGGGAGCCCCUGAAGCUGGUGGCCGCUUGCAAACAAAUACUCCAAGGGGAGAAAAAAGCUGUCAUGGAACAGUUCCGCCACCUGCCGAUGUCUUACCACUGGAAGCAGGAGGAACUGAAGUUUAACACGGCGCUGCAGCGUCUGCGGCACCGAGUGGGGGAAUGCCGCCUUCUCCGAGAGAACCUGCAGCAGGAGGCCCGGAGCGACCCAGUGUCUCUGCCCCCGCUGAGAGAAAGAUCCGCCAACGGGACUGGGCCGCGUGAGAGGCUGGCCACCUUGCUGCAGGAGACGGUUGAAGAACUGGAGGUCGCGCAGACCCUGGUGCUGAAGAGGCUGCACAUCUGGAAGCGACAGCAGCAGCUGGCGGGGAAUGGAGCACCGUUUGAUGAGAGCCUGGGCCCGAUCCAGGAGAGGUGUGAGAGCCUGGUGGACAUUUAUUCCCAGCUGCAGCAGGAGCUGGGGGCAGCCGGGGGGGAGCUUGAGCCUACGACCCGGGCCUCCAUGCUGAGCCGGCUGGACGAAGUCCUGCAAACACUCGUCACCAGUUCUUUCCUGGUGGAGAAGCAGCCCCCCCAGGUUCUGAAAACUCAGACCAAGUUCCAGGCCGGGGUUCGAUUCCUGCUGGGCCUCCGGUUCCUGGGGACCUCGGCGAAGCUCCCGCUGGUCAGAGCUGACAUGGUGACGGAGAAGCAGGCGCGGGAACUCAGCCUGCCACAGGGCUCGGGCACUGGAGCAGAAAGCACAGGCGAGAUCAUCAACAACAUGGUGCCGCUGGAGAACAGUGUUCCCGGGAGCUGCUGCUCCGCCCUCUUCAAGAACCUGCUUCUGAAGAAGAUCAAGCGGUGUGAGCGGAAGGGCACGGAGUCGGUCACGGAGGAGAAGUGUGCCGUGCUCUUCUCCACCAGCUUCACGCUGGGCCCCAACAAACUCCCCAUCCAGCUGCAGGCCCUGUCGCUGCCCCUGGUCGUCAUCGUCCACGGCAACCAAGACAACAAUGCCAAAGCCACCAUCUUGUGGGACAAUGCUUUCUCGGAGAUGGACCGUGUGCCCUUUGUGGUAUCAGAGCGGGUGCCCUGGGAGAAGAUGUGUGAAACUCUGAACCUCAAGUUCAUGGCUGAGGUGGGGACCAGCCAGGGGCUGCUGCCAGACCACUUCCUCUUUCUGGCUCAGAAGAUCUUCAAUGACAACAGCCUCAGCACAGAGGCCUUCCAGCACCGUUUUGUGUCCUGGUCACAGUUCAACAAGGAGAUCCUGCUGGGUCGUGGUUUCACCUUUUGGCAGUGGUUCGAUGGUGUGCUGGACCUCACCAAACGCUGUCUCCGGAGCUACUGGUCCGAUCGGCUCAUCAUCGGCUUCAUCAGCAAACAGUACGUCACUAACCUUCUUCUCAACCAGCCCGAUGGAACCUUCCUCCUUCGCUUCAGUGACUCAGAGAUCGGUGGCAUCACCAUUGCCCAUGUCAUCCGGGGUCAGGAUGGUUCCUCACAGAUCGAGAACAUUCAGCCUUUUUCGGCCAAAGACCUGUCCAUUCGCUCCCUGGGGGACCGGAUUCGGGAUCUUGCCCAGCUCAAAAACCUCUACCCCAACAAACCCAAGGAUGAGGCGUUCCGGAGCCACUACAAGCUUGAACAGACGGGGAAGGAUGGCAGGGGCUAUGUCCCGGCCACCAUCAAGAUGACCGUGGAAAGCAUGGACCCGCCCCUCCCCACCUCGGAGCCCCAAGUACCUCCCAGAGCACCCUCUUAUGGUCAUGGGAUGAACCCCAACUCCUCCGUGGGCAUCCGCUCAGACAUAUCCGAGGUGUUCCCGUCACACCCUCACCCCCACCCCUCCUAUCCAGAGCCGGUCCCUGUGCUGCCAUUCCCAAAUCAACUGCAUAUCUCCUCCAUCAUGGACCACCAGAUCAUGACUUUUGAGCCCCCGGGUCUGCUGCCCUGCCAGACUGAGGAGCAUGCUGUGCCCAGCGCUGACCAUCUGGAUGUGACCAUGGGAGAGGAGAGCUGCCUGCCUGAGUCGGUGACAGGGUUCCCUCAUGGCACCUGGGUCGGGGAAGACAUGUUCCCGCCCUUGCUCCCGCCCACGGAUCAGGACCUCACCAAGCUAUUGGAGGGGCAAGGAGAGUCCGGAGCCCCCCCUGUCCUGCAGGCCCCCUCCUAUGUGCAGUCUGGGAUCCCGAUGCCGCACCUGGACCUAAGGACCAACCCUAGUUGGUGAACCAGAACUGGAGGGGGAAGCCAGCGAGACAGCUCCCACGCGCCACGGACCUGAUCUGGACCACUGGCCCCCCACUCUGGCCUCGAAGCCCCCUUCCCGGAGGCUGUGGUCCUACCCCCACCUACUCCUCUGUUCAAGAGGAAAGACCAUUGGCGGGAGGCUUGCAGUGGGCGGAGCCUAACCGCUCCUUCCCUCCUACCGCACACCCCUGCCCUCCCACCCUCAGUCCUGGAACAGGAAUUCCGGCUCCGAAAGUGAGACACGUUCCAGCAUGCCUGCACACACAAACACACACGUGUGAAAGCACGUGACUACACACACACACACACACACACACACACACACACACACACACAGAGACACAAACUCUCCCUGCAAGAACGGGGCUGAAAAGGAAGAGGGCUGUGCCGAGGCGCAGGCUAGGGCAUGACUGGCUCCUGGGACUGCCCAAAGCCCAGCCCUGCCAGGCAGCCGCUUGCAGCCUCGUGCACACGUCGCCCGAGAGAUUGGAGACAGACAGCGUGCAUGGGCGUGGAUCCUAGUCCUGGGGGCUGGGGAAGCAGCCGAGACAGACUCCGGGCACCCAGAGAGACAAGGGAGCCUGAUGCGGGUUUUGCCCGGAUUAAAAACAUAUUCCAAAGAGUCCCCAGCUCCUGUCCACCAGAUGGAGGCAUUCAGUUCUGCAUGAGUCUGCGGGAGCAGAGACUCGGCUGUGUGUGUGUGUGUGUGUAGCCAGAAAGAUGUCACACCGUGUCUCGUGUGCCACAAGAACACCGAUCUCAUGAUGCCCGGAUGGCAAAAAGUGUCCAGGAGCUUUCGAAGGGCCCGGUGGGUUUGCUGGUGGCUUCACUGACGCAUGGAUGUCAGCCUCGGGGUCUUCAGUUUCGACUGUCCCACGGGCCUGUACAGCGGCUGCGACAUCUACAA